GGCGCGGAGCGGCGGUUGCGGGCUGUCAGCCCGCGGGGCUCGGGGUGCUGUGGCCCCUCCCGUGGGCACACCGCGCUGCUGGUGCCCGCGGCGGCUCUCCCCACCCCUUCCUUUCCCGUGCAGCGGCGAGAUUGCCGAAACUCCUGCGAGCGGAGACACCCACCCCGCCGCCGCCUCCUCUUUCUUCUCCUCCUCCUCCUCCUCCUCCCCCCGCCGCAAAUCCCAAAUAAAAGGGCGGGGGGCGGCAGGAUGCGCGGCUCGGCGGGGAGGUCGGCGCCGCCGCCGGCCGCCUGAUGCUGCCGCAAUUCGCCAUUGCCGGGCACGGCUCGGAGCCGGGCGGAGGGAGGCGAGGGGCAGCGGCGAGGGGCCGGGGGGCAGAGGAGCCGCAGCCCCCCCCGCCCGGCCGCUCCCGCGGGCCGCGGCCGCCGCGCUCCCCGAUGCCCGACCGCCGCCGGCGGGGAGCCCGGGGUGGACCGGGGGCCCGCUCCUGCCUGCUCUGGCUCUUUGUGCUGCUAAAGAAUGCAGAACCUUUCCAAGUUACUGUCCAAGAAGACAAUUGUAUUGUUGUCUCCCUGGAAGCAUCUGAUGUGGUGAGCUCAUCCUCUGUAUAUGUUGUGAAGAUAGCUGGAGAAUCCAAGAACUACUUUUUCCAGUUUGAAGAAUUCAAUAGCACUUUACCUGCCCCUGUGAUUUUUAAUGCCAAAUACCAUGGCCUCUAUUACAUAGUAACUCUGUUGGUAGUGAACUCAAAUAUGGUUUCCAAGUCAGCAAGAUCAAUCACUGUGUUAACCAAACCCCUUCCUGUGAGCAGUGUUUCUAUCUAUGAUUACAAACCAUCUCCAGAAACAGGAGUGCUGUUUGAAAUUCAAUACCCAGAGAAGUACAAUGUUUUUACCAGGGUAAAUAUAAGCUAUUGGGAAGGAAAAGACUACAGAACAAUGCUGUACAAAGAUUUCUUUAAAGGUAAAACCGUUUUCAAUCACUGGCUGCCAGGUAUAUGCUACAGUAACAUCACAUUUCAAUUGGUAUCAGAAGCAACCUUCAACAAAAGCACACUAGUGGAAUACAGUGGGGUUAGGCAUGAGCCCAAGCAGCACAGAACAGUUCCUUACCCACCUCGAAACAUUUCUGUUCAGAUUGUGCCAAUCAACAGAAACAAUUGGGAAGAGCACAGCGGGAAUUUUGCAGAAGAAUCAUUCAUGGGACAACAAGAAAUCAUAAGCAAAGAGAAACUGAGCCGCUUUCCUAGUGACCCACCUGAAAUUCCAGUAGUGAACACAACUGCAGCCUGGCCCGAUUACCGUUCUAACAGUACUGAGUACGAAACCACAUCACAGCCAUAUUGGUGGUCUAAUGAAGCUGAAUCAUCAGAGGGUGAAGAGGAGUUUGUCAAUGCAGUUCCCAGGGAUUAUGGGGCCAGUGAAGCAAAUGCAUCUGGAAAACUCACAGCAGAGCCCGCUCCUUUCCUUCCUGUACAAAUGGUGCUGACUUGGUUACCACCAAAACCACCAACUGCCUUUGAUGGUUUCCACAUCAACAUUGAAAGAGAAGAGAACUCCACAGAACUUCUGACAGUCAGCGAAGACACUCACAAAUUUGUUGCUGAACUGAAAGAACCAGGAAAAUAUAAGUUGUCUGUAACAACAUUUAGCUCCUCUGGCUCUUGUGAAGUUCGGGGAAGUCAAUCAACAAAAACACUCAGCUUUUAUAUCAGCCCCACAGGUGAAUGGAUAGAAGAGCUCACGGAAAAGCCCCAGCAUGUGACGGUGACAGUGCUCAGCUCCACUACUGCCCUGACUUCCUGGACAGCCUCACAUGAGAGUGGUAGCAAUGGCACAAUCGUGUCUGUGGUCUCCUUGACUUGUCAGAAGCAAAAGGAAAGUCAAAGGCUUGAAAAACAUUACUGCACAGAGGUAAAUUCAAGCAGCAGCCUCAUUGAAAAUCUUGUUCCUGGUGCCCAGUACCAGGUUGUGGUUUACUUACGGAAAGGACCGUUGGUUGGACCGCCCUCUGAUCCUGUUACAUUUUCCAUUGUGCCCACUGGAAUAAAGGAUCUGACUCUGUACCCUUUGGGACCUACUGCUGUGGUUUUGAGCUGGAACAGACCUUUCCUUGGGGUGUUCAGGAAAUAUGUGGUAGAAAUGUUUUACUUCAAUCCAUCAACAAUGACAUCUGAGUGGACAACCUACUAUGAAAUAGCAGCAACCAUCUCCCUAACUGCCUCUGUGAGGAUAGCUAACCUGCUGCCUGCGUGGUACUACAAUUUCCGGGUCACCAUGGUGACCUGGGGAGACCCAGAGCUGAGCUGCUGUGACAGCUCCACCAUCAGCUUCAUAACAGCACCAGUGGCACCUGAGAUUACCUCCAUAGAAUAUUACAACCACCUUUUGUACGUCACCUGGACCUAUGGAGGAGAUGGUACUGACCUCUCUCAUUCCAGGAUGCUGCAUUGGAUGGUCAUUGCGGAAGGAAAGAAAAAAAUCAAGAAGAGUGUAACACGCAGCGUGAUGACUGCAGUGUUGAGUUUGCCUCCAGGGGACAUUUACAACCUUUCAGUAACUGCUUGUACUGAAAGAGGCAGCAAUACCUCCCUGCCCCAGCUUGUGAAAUUGGAACCAGCACCUCCAAAGUCACUGUUUGCUGUCAACAAGACUCAGACCUCUGUCACUCUACUGUGGGUGGAAGAAGGAGUGGCUGAUUUCUUUGAAGUCUAUUGCCAGCAGGCUGGAUCCAAUCAAGAAGUUAAAGUCCAGGAACCUGUCACUGUCUCUUCACAUGUAGUGACUAUUUCCAGCCUAACUCCUGCCACCUCCUACAACUGCAGCGUGACCACCUUCAGCCACAAUAGCCCCAGUGUUCCCACAUACAUUGCGGUUUCCACCAUGGUCACUGAGAUGAAUCCCAACAUAGUGGUAAUCUCUGUGUUAGCCAUUCUAAGUAUCCUUCUCAUUGGACUGCUGCUGGUGACCCUUGUUGUGCUUAGGAGGAAACAUCUACAAAUGGCCAGGGAGUGCGGGGCUGGAACCUUUGUCAAUUUUGCAUCAUUAGAGAGAGAUGGAAAGCUACCAUAUAACUGGCGUAGAAGUGUAUUUGCUUUCCUAACUCUGCUACCCUCAUGCCUUUGGACUGAUUAUCUUUUGGCAUUUUAUAUUAAUCCUUGGAGUAAAAACGGACUAAAGAAGAGAAAGCUGACCAACCCCGUCCAGUUGGAUGAUUUUGAUGGCUACAUCAAGGAUAUGGCCAAAGAUUCUGAUUAUAAAUUUUCUCUGCAAUUUGAGGAGCUAAAACUGAUUGGGCUUGAUAUACCUCACUUUGCCGCUGAUCUUCCCAUGAAUCGCUGCAAAAAUCGCUACACAAAUAUCCUGCCAUAUGACUUUAGUCGCGUCCGGUUAGUCUCAAUGAAUGAAGAAGAGGGAUCUGACUACAUUAAUGCCAACUAUAUUCCUGGUUAUAAUUCACCCCAGGAAUACAUAGCAACCCAAGGACCACUGCCAGAAACUAGGAAUGAUUUUUGGAAGAUGGUUCUUCAGCAAAAAUCUCAAAUUAUUGUUAUGCUCACUCAGUGCAAUGAGAAAAGGCGGGUGAAAUGUGAUCAUUACUGGCCUUUUACAGAAGAUCCUAUUGCAUACGGGGACAUUACUGUCGAGAUGCUGUCUGAGGAAGAACACACAGAUUGGGUUUAUAGGAAUUUCCGAAUUAGCUAUGCUGAUGAGGUGCAAGACGUGAUGCAUUUUAACUACACUGCCUGGCCAGACCAUGGUGUCCCCACAGCCAAUGCCGCCGAAAGCAUCCUGCAGUUCGUGCAGAUGGUCAGGCAGAAGUCAGUAAAGAGUAAAGGCCCCAUGAUCAUACACUGCAGUGCUGGAGUGGGACGAACAGGAACAUUCAUAGCCCUGGACUGGCUCUUACAGCACAUCCGUGACCAUGAGUUUGUAGAUAUAUUGGGCCUGGUGUCUGACAUGAGGUCCUACAGAAUGUCCAUGGUGCAGACAGAGGAACAAUACAUUUUUAUUCACCAGUGUGUGCAAUUGAUGUGGCAAAAGAAGAAGCAGCAGUUCUGCAUAAGCGACGUCAUAUAUGAGAAUGUCAGCAAGUCCUAGUUUGGAGUCCCAGGCGGUGAGACCAUGAAGCACACCCAUCUUCCCUCGCUUCCGAUUUUUUUUCUUUCGGUGGCUUGAACCACCACGAGAGACCGCUGCCUUGCGGUAUGCGGACAGUGAGAAACAGAAACUUUAACUUUCAGAAGCACUGGGGAGAAAAAGCCUUAACAAGCCUGCGGUGUCUUUUGAACUGUUUUAAUUUCUGGACAUUUUUUUAAAUACUGGACCAAAUUCAACUGAACAACAUGAAGGAAAAGACACUACAAGAUGUGCAUAAAAUAGAGUGCUCCAGAGCAUUGGGUUUUCUUGUUUGGUACUUUCAGUUAUUUUAUUUGUUUCUGUGCAGGUUGGGCUUAAGGUUAAAGUAAGUAAGUAAGUGCAAUAUUUUUUUAAGGGUUGAAUGAAGACCUUUCUUCAUGUGUCACUGGUCUGUGCUAACGUCCAUAGGAGAGCAGGCAUUGUUAGUAUCUAAUAAUACCUCAUUAGUGAAUAGCGAGGCAUGAACAUACAUGAAGAAAUCUGGAGAUUGUGAAAGAGGUGGGGGGAAGGGGUGCUGGGUACCUGGAUUGAACUGUUUCCUGCAGCCCUGACAUUCUCUGCUUGGAGCGUGGGGAAAUGCAAGACCCAAGGAAUGGACUGUCCUUCAGAAAUGCAGACCAUGGGGCCCGAAGCUGAAGCAGGCAGCUGAGGAACGGGGUCGCUGUGGUUUGUGACAGUGCUGCUAGGAAUAAAGCAGAGAGAUUGCUCUUUUCUCCAACCUUUCCAGUAACGCCACUGAGAAGGUUAUUUUUUUUAGAUCAAUCCAAUCCAAGCGCAGCUGAGGUAGCUUCGACUCCAUUUCUAUAGCAUCUAACUGUCUGAGCAAUCUAUGGUGCCUAUGCCCCUCAUUUGUUUAUUAUUUUUAAUAAGUAUUAAACCUGUGUAAAAAUGUGAAGCUGAUUCAGGUUGGGUUAAAACAAAAAUGUGCUUUAAUGGAUGUAACUAUUUUUCCGAGCCAGGAAUUCACGGUGUUACGAAAACAUUUUUUUUUUUUUGGCAUGUGAAGGGAUAUGGUUAUUGCUUUAUUGCUACGAGGCUGCCAAAGCAUCGGGACAGAUUCCUGCAGGGACGUCGGGUCAAGGCGAUGGGCUCUUUUCCUUUUUGCUGUCAGUUUCAGUUCUAGUCAGAAUAAUUAGCUAUAUAUAUUUUUUUGUCUUUGUAUAAUUCCAGUACAUCAUUGUGUAUUGUGACAUGGAUGCUGUCAGAAUGGAUGUUUGAUGGCAUUUUGUAGCCUGUUGCUUUUUGUCACCUCAUUGGAAGUUAGCAGCAAUGGUAACUCAAUGUAAAAAAAAAACAAACUUGAACUGAAAGUAAACACACUGGAUUGCUCA